CUUUAAGAACACGUCAAGAUAAGUUGACAAGUUGUAGAUCGACAGAUGGAAGUAGUUUUAGCCAUAUGGGUUUGAAAGCUUUUGUGUUUAGUUCGAAUCCAACAUGGCUCUAAGCAAAACUGUUUUGAAAUCUCGCCUGGAAGAAGCCGUCUCAUCGUCAAAUGUAAGUGCUGAUAUAGAAUAGUUAUUCCUUAGCUUUUAUAUUAUGUAUUGUCGUUUGGCUAUUUUGAAUAUUAUGUAUAUGUAUUCACUGUUUAGUCGUAUUUAUUUGUACAGAGCAAAUGUAGUUGCAGAGUUAAAAAUGCUUACAAAAUUUAGAUUAAACAUUAUUUGGUAUUAUAGAAAGCUAUCUGUUUAAUUUGUUUAUUGUCAGUUGUAAUAUAGGAACUAGAGGACUUCUCGUAUUAUAGAAAGAAGCUGUUCAGAAGUGUGUAUUUAUAUAGACAUAAAGUCAUAGUAGACAGGGCAUUUCAGCUGUCUGCUUAUCACUACACGAGUAUCAUGCUUAAUUUUAUUGUGGUAUUUGAAUAGAAUGUUAAUUUUAUGGCUGGUGAUUUAUCUGUAUGAAUGCUCAUUACAUUAACCUUUAUCUCGAACUAUUUAAGAAGUAUAGGUUCUUGUAUUUUCGCCUUCUUCGUUUUGCUUGUCAUGUUUUUUUUGAGAAAGCAUAAUAUGAGUGGGCCGUGUAGCAAUUAUACGUUUGAAAGUUCGGCUUAAUUUCGUUCUAAUUUUAUUUUGCAUGCUAUAUGUUUUUCAAAACACAAACCGUUUAACGCCUGCUGUGACACAAAAAACGUCUAGAACAGUAUUAGCAAACCUCUUUUAAACUGAUAUCUGAUUUUUCAAACGCGCUUUCAAGCAAAAUUUGCUUCGAAAACCAAAACCGUUAAUGGCAGGUGGUAAUAAUAUUAUAAUUCACGCAUUUACAAGCCAACGGCAAUUAAAAUGUUCGUCUUUUUGUUAAGUGAAUGUCCUAACUGACGAACCUUAGGCUUAACACAAAACAUUGUUAAGGCCGGAAUUAUAACGAGUUUUUACGGUUUUUGAUCGAUGUUAGUAAUUUGUAUAACAAUACGAAGAUUGCUUUAUUUGAUUUUAAAAUGAGUUACAUGGUUCUGUUUUGUGAAUAUAUUUUUGAAUAUGGAGUCAUAGCAAAUAUAAACAUUGUAUUGAUUAUAAUUUUAGCGCGUGUAUCCGAUGCGAUAAAGAGGAAACCUAAACUGAACUAACUUUAUUUUGUAUAUUGGAUAGCCUAUAAGUAAGGGCCAACUAUUAUCCAGUAAGGACCAACUAUUGUCUGUCCACCAAAGCUGAAGUAACGUUGUUUAUACUGCCUACUGGAUAGUUCUAUAUCAUAGUUCAAAAUUAGUAAGGGCCAUCUCGUGUAUAGUGGAUAACUUCAUAAGUUUUAAACUGUUCCUACAGGUCCAAUAACACUGGAGAAAAAUUGUGAAAUCCAUACUAUGUCUACGUCUAUGAAAUUUGCAAUUGCAUCACAGUAUAUCCAUAUUAUUUCCAUACUAUAUCCCACAGUAUGGAAAUUGCAAUUAGUAUGGAAAUUGGAUUUCCAAACUAUUUUCAACGAGGAUCCUUACUAUUUCUAUAGCAAGGAUUUUGAAAAAAAUUUCCAGUGUAAGGGUUAUUUUAUAUUGAUCCAGUGUUAUUACAAGAGGAAACCUAAACUAAACCAACUUAAUUUAUACUGGAUAGCUUUAUCAGUUUUAAACUGUUCUUCCUGGAGGUUCAGUAAGGAUCGUCUCUUUUGGUACAGUGACCAGUGUUACUACUGGAUCAAUGUGGAGUACCCAAAGAAAUCUUGUUCUGGUAUUUGGUGAGGUCAUACUUGGUUAUACUCAAUUGACUCUAUGUAUAUAUGCGUGCAUGCUCACCGUUGCUUGGAAAAAGUUGUCAAAACACUUGACCAGAAAAGUACACUUGUCAAAUGCGUUCCAUGGGUCACGUAAUUUUACUCAAAAGGCACUUGGAACCUUGGUAUAUGCGGUUUGCUUGGGCCUUGACCUUACAGCUUACUCUCGUAUUCUAUGCAGCUGCAGUUGAAGACAGUUUUAUUUUAUCUUCCCUAUCUUUGUGUGUAAGAAACUCCUCAGAUUUUCUACAGCUACUCAUGUUUCCUCCUGUAGAAACACCUGAGAAACACUACACUGACAAGAAUUAUUCAUGCUGGACCUCUACUCCCAGGGAGAACGGUUUAGAAUUGAUAGAGUUAGACUCGUUAGUAAGACUCGACCAGUAUCAGGAAUGGGGCAUUACUGCACCUUAGGCAGAACGGAUUUGGAAACUGAUAGAGCUAUGCUGUAUAAAUAAAAUUAGUACAGGUUCAUUCCUAUAGAAACACUGGACGAAUAGAUGACACUUACUGGGCUCUAAGUUUAAGAACUGAUAGAUAAUAUCCAGUAUAGUUUAGGUUUGGUAUUGAUUGAGUUUAGGUUUCCUUCUGUUAUCAUGCUAAAUUAAUAAGAUAUUACCCUUACAGUGGAAAUUAAUCCUAACCCUUUCCCUAAUCCAAACCCUAAUCCUAACCCUAAAAGUCUAAAAAUACUAAUUCCCCCUAAAACGUGACUCAUAUGAUCCAGUACUAGACUUUUGUAAUUUUGUACUCUUUUGUAUAUUUUAAACUUAAUCCUAACCCUUACUCUAAUCUUAAUUCUAACCCUUUCCCUAAUCCAAACCCUAAUCCUAACCCUAAAAGUCUAAAAAUAGUAAUUCCUCCUAAAACGUGACUCGUAUGAUCCAGUAUACUCAGUAUAACCUAAACCAUAUUUUUUCCAUUCCAGCUUGGCUCGAAGAUUUGGUGUGGGCAAACAUACAAUGAUGUAUUUACGGGAGAAACCCUCAUCAAUACUCUUGUUGCUGACUCGACAAUUUUCCCCUCCCGAAACUCGGCAGUCGAGUACGCGCAAAGCUUGCUGGAUACAAAAAUGAUCACUUGUAUCACGAAACGACGAAAGUUCGACGACACCGACCGAUUGUAUUGCAUUAAUCGGAAAGAAUUGGAGAAUGCUGUUGGCGAUGAUUCGACGAACAUCGUGCGGACAACUCCGAAAGGGAAGACCGAUAACUCCCCAAAUUUGAAAACAGCACAAGUUAAGAAGGAGCCUUUGGGCAAGCCCAAUAGUCAAGAGGUUAGAUACAUUAACUCGUUUUAAACUAUUAUUAGAUAAAAUAUAUGAACAAGGUCAAGCAAAAUAUAAUAGUUUGAAGGCGAGACCUUGAUUGAAUUUUGGAUAGCAAAUUGCAGAAUUUAAUCCAAAUUUAAUUGAUCAAAUUUAAUUGAUCCAAAUUUAACUGGAAGUAGAUGUCGAACGUCAUCAGUCAUUAGAGAGGUUAAGAUACCCCGGUUUCGGUGUAUGUGUACGGGUAGCAUGAUUUUGGUUAGCAAUAUUUUCGUCGAUGUCUGUACCUUUACUCGUAAUUAAAGUGCACAUUUUUCGCAUUAUAUCAUUGUCUAUUGCAAGAAAACAGAAAAAGUAUGAUCGAAUUACAGACAUCAGUAAAACAACUACUCGUACCCGUACACCGAAACCGGGGUAUCUUAACCUCUCUAUUAAAGCCUGGUUCACACUGGCAAUUUUGUCGGCGAUUUUGUGUUUCUGAUGGAUGUAAAUGAGUGAACUCUCACACCAAAGUAUAGAGUGGCUUUUCAGAAGUAAAUAAUUCUAUGUCUUUUGCAUGUCAUUCAUUCGAUCACAUUUGUCACGAGGAGAAAUCGCCGACAGAAUUGCUAAUGUGAAGUUGUGAACCAGGUUUAAACCGGUUUAAACCAUAACUUUAUACUGGAUAACUCUAUCAAUUCUAAACUGUUGUCCUUAGAGGUCCAGUAACGGUCAUCCCUGAUUAAUCCAAUGUUACUUCAGGAGGAAACCUAAAUCAAACUAACUUUAUUUAUUCUGGUUAGCUCUACCAGUUCUAAACUGUUGUUCGUAGUCCAGUAGGGUUCGUUCCUUGUUGUCAGCGACCGUUUGAGAUUUUAUGAUCGAGUAUUAUUUUGUUUUUAUAGUUGACAAAGUUGACUAUAUCUUUGCAGAUAUACAUAGCAUUUUAUGUAUUCAUUUAAAUGAAGGAGAAAUAGCUGCUAAGUGGAAAUUAAUCACUUAAUUCGUUCCAUGUUUAAUAGUUCAUUAAUAAAUCAUACUUGUGUCUCACUAUCAUAUUCACUGUCAUACUAAAAUGAAAAAUAGUUUUAUAUUUAGUAAUUCAAGUAGGAAAACUUUUUAAUCCUAGUUCAUAUAGUUGUUGGAUGUUGCAUGUAAAAUUAGUUUAUCACUAUUUUAAUCACUUUUAAUUUUUAUAUCAUGUAAAUUUAUAUAUACAAUUUAGCCAUUUUGGCUGCAAUGAUAUAUCUAAAUAAAUUAUCUAUCUAUUUAUACAGAAUAUAAAUGGCAUGAACUCACAUCAACAGAGUAACCACGUGACACCUACCUCGAAAACCACCGACAGCAACGGUCUGCGUUCUACGAAUCUUCAAAGAUUAUUAGAAAAAGAUGCUGUACAGGCAAAUCGUAGAAGUUCAUCACCUAAUAAAACAACACCGUCGUCAGCAAAGGGGAAUUUUGUCGGUGUGUUGAAGGAUAAACGGUCCGAAUCCCCUAACGAGAGGAGAUUGACAGCAAAUAAAAUUGAGGUUGUCUUAAGUCAACAAGAAUUUGAAAAGCAGCCACAACAAAGUAGUUCGGUGAUCCUGAUAGAGAAACCAAGUCUGCCGCCUACUGAAACUGACGGCCCGAAAACUGCAAAGAAUCUAAAAGCAUCUCCAAGUCCAAAAACACCCGACGUUGCAAAGUCGGACAUCGAAAGUAAAAAAUCUGAAGACAAGCAAAAAGUUAAGAAAUCGCUUUCGCCUUCUUUGACCGCCCUCAUCGAGAAAGACACUAAGAACAGUCAAAGAGAAAAGAAAAACGUUGAAGUGAAUGGAACUAGUUCUCCUAAGACAAACGAGAACGGCCCUUCGAAGAGUGGUGAGCUGUCAAGUAGCUGGGAAGCUUUUGAAAUGAAAUUACAAAGUAAAGUUAAAAAGAGUGCCGAAAAGCCGGGACGUGGGAGUCCCGACACGCGUGGGAGUCUCGACACGCGUGGAAGCAUCUCAAAGAAUAUGCAGAUAGUUAUCGAGGACUCCACAAACGCUGGAAAAGAGCUUGAGAAAACUGUUGGAACGGUUUCAGCCGAGACUCGGGAUUCCGAAGACUGGAAAGCUGUUUCGCCUGAAAAGAUUGAUACUGGGAUGUCCUCUGUGCCUGUUGGUCGACGUUUGUCCCGAGAAAACGAAGGAAAAGCGGGAAAAACCUCGAAUGAAGACUCGCCAGUUAGGUUGUCUGUAAAUGGUGACCAAAUAAUCAUUCCUUCUGUACGAUCUAAAAAAAAUUCAUUUCUGACAGGCGAAGAGAACAGUGACUCUAAUGGCGGGAAAACUACUAGUGGACGAGAGCGAGGACCUUCGUUAAGCUUCAACGACGAUCCUAAAACUGUUAUUAUUGAAGAUACCAUAAAACAAUCAAAUGGGAUAAAAACUGGCCAUAAAAUCUCUGAAAAGCGCGAAAGAGUCCCCUCGUUCCACUUGACUGAAGAUACGGUAAUUAUUGAAAAUGACAUUGGCCCGAAUAAUUUGUGUGCAGAGACUGCCGUGUCCAGAACUCCGUCGCAAAGUUCAACAAAUUCUCGUGUUUCAACUUGCAGCGAAAGGAAGGGUUUGAGUCGAGAAGUGAGUUCGGAAAGUGCCGAGUCCAAACCGAGGACUGCCUCUUUUGGAAAACCUGGGAUAGAGCGUGGUUUAACGGGCAGCAAAAUUGAGACGAGCGGGCGAAAUGGAGACACGCGUGGGUUGAAUGGUGUAACGCGUGGGGUAAUGGCAAUCGGGAAACAAAAGUCCAUUGAGAUAGAAAUUCCGGGAAGUGACAAACAGUUGAACUCGAAAGACGAGAAUCUUGUCAACACGAAUGGGCGAGCAAUGCCCAGGAGUUUGGCAGACCUUUUAGCACGGGACGAAACCUUACCACCGGAGAGCCAGAGCCGAGUGGUUUCGGAGCAGAGUUCUGCAGACAACACGAAUUUUUACAAGGAUAAACUUAAAGAGCUGAAGAAAACCACCCCGUAUUAUGCGAGUGGACCAAUCAAAAUUGGCGACCGAGGAAAUGGCUCAGCCAAUCAGGGCAAGGCUGGUACUACUAGCCCAGCCUAUCAGGGGAAAGUUAGUAACACUGGUCCUGAUUUGCAAAAUGGACUAGAUACUGUUUCAGAUAAAACAAAAGUAUCGGAAUCGAACAGUACUGACGUUAAUAAUAACUCGGAAGUUAAGGAGAAUUUGGCUUCAAAUACCAAAGUGUUCAAAUCAAACAGCGUGGAAUCAACUUCGUCUCAAAAGAGUGAGUUCACUGUAGCUGAUGGUAAACAAGAAUAUUCAGGAAAAGUUAUGCGUAUUCCGUCUGGAGGGACAGCUAUAGGUAAGCUACGGUUGUAUUUUAUUUUAUGUUCUUUUUAAAGGUGUAGUAAGGGCCAUUUCUUAAAAUAAUGCCCCCUCAGUGCUACUAACUUCCCGAGAAGGGCCUUCGCUCGAAGCGGUCGAAGUUAGCCUAGACCUAGGCCUUUACUCGGCUGACUUUGGCAGGUUUGGUCAACUUCGGGCUAGCAUUUGGUAACUAUCGCCAUAUUUGGUAUUCGCUCUCGCCCUUCCUCUGCCCCGCCCCCAAAUUGCCUAGGUCCCACUCUUCUCAUGUGAAAAAGCGCUGAAUAUUAAAAAAAUAAAAUAGAAGGCCUAGGUCUAGGCUGGAAGUUCUUGUACUUUUCAGGUAGUUGCAUUACUAUCAACCCGAAGCUUUCUUUUGGUAUAUUUUUAGAUAUAGAUACUUAUCAUACGGUGUACAGGGCUUGAAGUAACGUUCCCAAAGUUCCCGAUCAUGGUGAUCGGCAGUCAUGAUUUUCCCUGCUUUUUCAGGUUGGAAACCCUGCUUUUCCGCCGAUCGAUUAUUUCAAGCCCUGGGUGUGAAGGGUAUAUCUACCACAACCUGAAAAAUAAACAUGACUUAUCAUAUCUUUCAAUUAUUAUCUGUAACUAAAUUAAAGUUUUGAGGAUUCUAAAUUAAAGUUUUGAAGAAUCUAAAUUAAAGUUUUGAAGAUUUAAGUAAUUUUCUUUUUAGGACACAAGCCUUGUACAGACCAGAACAAAACUCACCAUGAAAAGCCCUCUCCAACUUACGUGAUGCCACGUUUAAACCUCGGCUCUCACCACUCUCCGCUGUCCCAAGGUUCACCCACCACUGUCGCAUCCAGUCCCCUGGUGAAUGGCGAGAGCUCUCCGUCGGAAGAACUCGAGAGACGCUUGGCUGAAUUCGAGAUACACAAGCGAAGCUACGAGAACAAGAUCACUGAACUUCAGUUACAAGUUGAUUACCUCCGCAGACAAAAGAACGGUCAACUCGACGAGAUUGAUAGUACAAUGUCAAUUUCAGACGUGACGUCAUUAUAUUCGCCUUACUCCACCCCCGUCGUCUCCCCUGGGAAUUCGACGGUGACAUCACCUUCCCCCACACCCCAAGCUACACCCCGCGAUUCAAUGGUUUUAGGGAAUAAUGUUCUCUCCCCCAUGUCCCCUACCCCACCUCCACCCCCGGCUCUUCCCUUUAUUCCCGCACCGCCAUUGGUUCCUGAAAAACACGUGAAACCCAACAAGCCGGUCGUGAACCCCAAGACCGAAAUGAAACCGCUGUUUUGGAACAGGAUUAUCGCUUCGAAUGGUAUGAGAAAGUUGCAUGUAUAAGAACCAUACAUGGCUAGGAAACAAUGUAUUCUGGUUUGCCUACUACAUGGCUAGGAAGUUUGCCAACCUUUGAGAAACAUGGCUGGGAAACAAUAUUUUCUUGAUUGCCCACCUUCAGGAAGCAUGGCUAGGAAACAAUGUUUCCUGGUUUUCCAAUCUUAGGGAAACAUGGCUGGGGAAACAUGGCUACAAAACAAUGGGGAACAUGGCUAGGAAACCUUGUUCCCCUGUUUGCCCACCUUCAGGAAACAUGGCUAAGAAACAAUGUUUCCAGAUUUGUUUUUCGCCUUUGGGAAACAUGGCUAGAGUUGAAAAUGUGCAUUGUGUGGCAAUAGGCCAUCAACACCCAUUGGCUGGUUAGUUUUAAUUCUGACACUUAGAGAAACAAGAAGAAAUUGUUCAACGACAUUUGACUUUUUUGAAUUUUUUAUAUUUUUGUUCUCGUAGACUCGAUGCCCAAAGACAAAGGCAAAUGUGUUUGGAAAACCAUAAAAGAACCAGCCAUCGACACGAAUGAAUUUGAAAAGUAAAUUUACUUGCUAAUCGUUUGUUUUCAAGAAACCGAAUUUAUAUCGUAAACUAUAACCUUGUUUUGUCUGUUUGUAGGCUUUUUAGCAAGAAGGCCCCUCACCGUAAACUGAAUAGAACGAAAUCUCUCCGUGAUGAUAAACACUUUGCACACAUCAAUGGCAAGAAGGUGAAUUAUCUGAUGUACCUGUAUAUUGACUAGGGGCUUCGGUGGCGCAAUCGUCUGAGCAAGCGUAGCCCCCCCCCUUGUUAGGAGCUCAGGGGGCUGAGCCCCCCCUUGUUAAAAAUGUCAUGCCGAUUUUUUUUUUUGGGGGGGGGGUUGAUCUCCCAAUUUUUCCAGAUUGUAUAUUCGUAACCUGGAAAGUUCUUUGCAAUUGUAGUGUUGAAAUGAUGCGGUAAUGAUGUUAGCAAUCUGUAUUUGAUUACUAUAAUCAUACUAAUAGGUCAUGUAUGAAAUUGCUUCGGUAUAUCGGAAUCUUAUUUUUGAAGUUAAAUCCUUUCUUCAAAAACUUCUAAUUGAAGAAUUACUAGAACCAAAAAUAAAUACUGGAACUUUCCAUGUUUAUCAUGUUGCUCCCUCCACGCCUUGUCACCCUCAGAUCUUGUCACCCCCUCUCCCCCCUUCUCCCCCUCCCCUCCCCUCCCCCUCCCCUCUCUCCCUCCCCCUUUAAGAGUUUCCUUUGUUAUCAUUUCAGUUCCAUACCACUGCGUGCCUUGUGUUAUCAACAUCCCUCACAACCCAAUACAGACACAUAACAAUAUAAGACUUCACUUCUAGUUGUAUUAUACAUCGCCCAGCGCUGUCUGUGAAGAAUAGUUCCUUUAUUGUUACUGGAAUCGCAAAGCUAAGUUUUAGGAAAGACUUUUCUGGGAUUCAUGUUGCACUUUUAACCGUUCUUUUUCCAGGUUGCGAAAUUACUGGACACCAACCGAUCUCGAGCGAUCGGCAUUAAAAUGAGCAGUCUAAACUGUCAGUUGGAAGAUAUCAGAAAUGCCGUUUACAAUAUGGACACUUCUGUCGUCGAUAUGGAAAGGUAUGUAAUAAUCGAAACAAAACAAUAGAAAGAGACUGGAUCUGGACGCGCCUUCUUACUCCAGAUAAAUAUAUAUGGAGCACACUACCUUUUUUGAAGAAUCGUAUUGUGGUGGGGAAAGGAAUAUGCUGUUGUAAUUAUUGUACAUUGUAGUUUUGAGGCCCGUUUACCCUUGCAAUUCUUACUGCGAUUUUAGUUGCGAUUUUCCUCUCCUGAUGUAUGUGAACGAGUGGAUGAGUUAUGAAUGUUCAGAUGAGGGAACAUCAGAGAGGGUACAUAUACUUCUUCAUAACUUAUUUACUCGUUCACAUCCAUCAGAAGAAGAAAAUCGCACUAGAAAUCGCAGCAAAAAUGGACCAUUCCCCCAAUUAACCAAAAUUUUGAACUCAACAACUCCACACAAAAUACCAUCACAGGUUGAAAGAGCAUCACAAAAUUAGUAAUAUUCCAAAGUUUCGUUGCGAAAUGUUGUAAAAUGCGGAUAAAAUAGCCUUGCGCAAUUUGCAAUUUUCAGUCAUUUUAGAUUACAAAUGGGAAAUGGUUACCACUUUUCCAAAAUUUUGAUCUUAGGGACCGCUCAUUAUUUAUUGUACAGGGGGGGACUGAGGAGAAACUCUACAGUUAUAAUAUUUUUUCGUUGCCCCCCUCUUAAGACAAGUAAAAUUUUCAAAGCCCCCCCCCCAACAAGCAAAACAAGAACAUAAGUUUUGCCCCCCCCCCUCUAGCUCUUUAUCUUUAUUUAGAGAAACAAAAACUCUAGCUGUUUAUUUUAGAGAAAGAAAAAUAGGUAAUGGGGACCAAUAGACAUUCCCAUUAUAGACUAAUUUUUUAUCUUAGCAAAAAAAGUAUAUUCCCAGGAAGGGCAUACUAAAAUUAGUAAAAUUCCAAAGUUUGGUUGCAAAAUGUUGUAAAAUAUGUAGAAAAUAUAGCCUUCCAAAGUUUGCAAAUUUUGUAUUCUUUUGUAUAAUUGCAAUUUUCGCAUGCAAUACAAAAGUGUACAAAAUUUGCAAACUUUGCAAAGCUAUAUUUUCCGUAUUUUGCAACAAUUCGCAACCAAAUUUUGCAAUAAUUUACUUAUUUUAGUAUGCUCUUUCUAGCUGUGGUGAUUUAUUUGCAUCAAGGCCGGAUUUUGAGGGAAGUGUGGAGAGGUGCGCACCUCCCCAGAGAUCGUUUUGCACCUCCCCUGAGAAUUUUUCCACCUCUCUUGAAAGGUCAUGCACUUCCCCUUGGGAAAGUUUCAGUGAUGGAACAAAGUGAAAAUGUGAUGGUUGCUUAGGAUCUACACUUUGUGACGUAAGAAAGUUUUCUCUGUAAAAUUGAAACAGUGAUAGCCAUAUCAUGCACCCUUUUAAUGCAAUGUUUUGAAAGAAACAGUGUAGCAUCUCUUUACCUAGUUCUAAAAUUAGUCUAUAAUGGGAAUUGUCUAAUUACAUGAACACGAGAGACUUUUUAUUUGACUUCCAUUUAUGAAUAUUAAAGUCCAUAAAUAUUGUUAUUUGUUGUUAAGUUGUUUUGUGAUACAUUUUUAAAACUACUAAUGUUUUUUCAAACUGGUAAAUAUUUUCAAAGCCCCCCUUCUUUCGUCUCUCUGUAUUUUUUCAAAGCCCCCCCUUUCAGGUUUUGAAAAAUUUAAAGGCCCCCCCAGUUUCUCCUCAAUCCCCCCCUGUACAAUAAAUAAUGAGCGGUCCCUUAACUAGCCUAAACAAAAAUUUCAUCACAGCUUGAAAGAGCAUCACACAAUUAGUAAUAUUCCAAAGUUUCGUUGCAAAAUGUUGUAAAAUGCGGAUAAUAUAGCCUUGCGAAGUUUGUAAUUUUCAGUCAUUUUGUAUUACGCACAGAAGUGGUAACCAUUUCCCGUUUGUAAUCUAAAAUGACUGAAAAGCAAACUUCGCAAGGCUAUAUUAUCCGCAUUUUACAACAUUUUGCAACGAAACUUUGGAAUAUUACUAAUUUUGUGAUGCUCUUUCAAGCUGUGAUGAAAUUUUUGUCUAGACUUGUUGAGUUCAAAAUUUUGGUUAAUUGGGAAUGGUCCAUUGCAAGUGUACAUGGUGCAAUUAUUGUAUUUUAGUCUUCAGUCAAUUUACGACAUCUAUCCUAAAGAGGAAGAGAUACAAAUCAUUGAAGAACACUUGAAGAAAGAACCUGCAGGUAUAUUUGUAUUGGUCUUUGAAAUAUUGAAUUAUACAGAAAUCUCUCGAAUGACCAUGACCAGGUCUUACAAAUGUAUAAAAAUCCACUUGUAUUUUUCGCAAACUGCUCCUGGUUAGAUCUAGUUAGUGUAUAAAAAUUCCACUCGACAAAUCCCUUGAACAAUGGACCAUUUGCAUUAUAGACUAAAUUUUGAUCUAGACAAAAUUUUCAUCACAGCUUGAAAGAGCAUCACAAAAUUAGUAAUAUUCCAAAGUUUCGUUGCGACAUGUUGUAAAAUGCGGAGAAUAUAACCUUGCGAAGUUUGCCGUUUUUCAGUCAUUUUUUAUUACAAACGGGAAAUUGACAGCCCCAAAGGGUGUUGGGCUGUCAAUUUCCCCCGCGUAAUGUAAAAUGUAAUAUUCCAAAGUUUCGUUGCGAAAUGUUGUAAAAUACGAAUAAUAUAGCCUUGCGAAGUUUGCCGUUUUUCAGUCAUUUUGCAAUUCCGCAUUUUACAACAUUUCGCAACGAAACUUUGGAAUAUUACUAAUUUUGUGAUGCUCUUUCAAGCUGUGAUGAAAUUUUUGUCUAGACUUGUUUGGAUCAAAAUUUAGUCUAUAAUGCAAGUGGUCCUUUAGUGAGAUGCCUUAUUUACCCAUGUAGAUCGUGGAUCCCACUAGGAAACAUUUAUUUUUCAGACCUUGUCUAUUUUGGGCACAACCACUAUGUAAAAUGUAGGUCACGUUUGAAGUUUUAUCUGGAGACAAUCUAAAGCCUUGAUUUUCGUUCCGUUUAGUUCCCUUGGAUAAACCAGAAGAAUUCAUGAAUCAGUUGAGAAAAAUGAAACAUUUCAAGGAACGCUUGGAAUGUUGGCUAUUCCAGGAUAAGUUCUCCGAAAUUAUAUACGGAAUAGGUAUAAUGGUUUGUUCUUUAUUUCUUUGUCACUAGUAACUCCACCAAACUAUCUUUAUUUAUACUGGCUCUAUCAGUUUCAAAACCAUCCUCAGGAAUAUGAAAAACUAGUUCCAUUUUAUUAUUCUGAUAAUACUGUCACGAAAGUGGAAGACACAGGGACGGAUUCACUGGAUAGGUGUGGGGGGGGGGGGUGCACCCCUCCUAGCCUUGGCAAAGGGUGAACAUUUACUUAUUGAAUCCAUUUAUUGAGCAUGGAAUAGCAAUUACAAAAUAAAAAAUAAAAUAGACAAUAUUAGAUUGUAACAUGAUUGUGAAAGUUUAUAUUGAUAUUUUUCCUUGCAGAACGAAGUCUGGCUUGUAUUACCGAGAGUUCAAAUGUCAUCACAACAAAGUAAAUCUUCUAUCUCUUCUAUCUUCCAUUUUUAAAAGACAAUCAUGUAUAAUUGUCAGUCUGAGCUGGUACCGAUCGAGAUUCGAGAAUGUGAACCGGAUGUAUUUGAAUAGUACGGUGUGAAUUUGUUAACGGAUAAGGCAUAUAUGCUUUACUUUAAUAGUAAACGGAAACGUAAUCUAAGUUUAUCUUCUACUUUAGUUCUGAAAUUGCAACUCUUCUUGGCCUCAUUCUGGCGUAUGGAAAUUACAUGAAUGGCAACACGCAACGGGGCCAAGCCGAUGGUUUUUAUUUGGAUGUUCUGCUCAAGCUGCGUGAUGUCAAAGCGAAGGAUUCAGACAUGAACUUACUGCAAUACACUGUGAAGCAGUAUCUGAAACAAUAUGAACGAAGUCUUGAUAAAACCAAGAACGAAUCUCGACUACCAAGUCCUGUAUCUUUGGCCAAUGCAGCUCAGGUGAAUAUGCUAUAACAUUUUGUAUUCUUAAGCAGAGAUGGAGGGUGCUUUGCCAGCUCUGAUGCCAAGUUGUGUCGGCCAUGUGCGUCGCCCGCCCGUCCAUCAACUUGCUUGACUACGGCAAAGUCUUGCUUGACUACUGUAUUUGAAUCGCGACAACAAGUUCACAGUUCGUUUAUCAUCAUUGUUAAUACUCAAAUUACUGUAUCUCAUUUUGUCUCUAAUAUUUUUUUGCUUUGUCAUGAAAAAUAGCACCCCCUGCACCCCUCUGGCCAGGGCUAGGGGGCUGCCCCACCCGUAGUAAAUCCAUCCAUGUUCUUAAGGCCGUUUCCUCUUCGACCGUAUCGUAUAAACGUAUCGUGACACUACGGCGGUCAAACGUCCAAAAACCAUAAUUGAUUGUUUGUACUCGGAAGACUUUGUUUUCACGAAGCUAUAGCGAAAGGAUUAAAGAAAAUUACGAGGGAUUAAACUCAGUAUAACUUCGUCUUGACACAAGGAAAAAGCGGUGAAAUUCUCUACCUUAUAGCUCAGCCGUUUCCUUAUAGUAAACGCUUUUCUUAUCUCAUAUUUACUCUCAUAUUAUUUUGGCAGACAUUUUUUAAUAGUUUUGUUUUAUAUUACUUUGAAUUAGUUUUACUUUAACUUUAUUUCUAGUUCUAUAGUUGCAAUUAUCAAAUUAUAUUUUUCAAUUUUUUUAUCAGGUGUCAUUCGACAAAUUGAAAGAAGGUUGGUAUAGAUUUUGCCAUUGGUAAUAUAUUGCCUUGUACACCAUCGGAUUGUUAUUACCUUGAUUUUAGGAUAACAUUAACAUUGUUCGUAUUUUUCAGAACUGCUCAAAAUCUCCCUGUUGCUUGAUGAAACUGAAGUUCAAGUAGGUCUUCAUAAAUUCUCAAUGAAUUUUUUUUACUCCAAUGGGUUAACUAGAUACUGUAUAAUGAUUGUGGUGUAUGUGCUCGGGUGGAAUUAUUUAAGAUCAUGCUAACCCGAUUGUGUCCACACCAGGCAAGCUGAAAAACUUGCUUGAUAGCGGUAGGAAUCGAAGCCGUGACCGUCGGUUUUGACCCGAUUGCUCAUUAUGUAUAACCAUGUUCCCAGAGUCUUGCCUCUUGUUGAGGCACGAGUGUAGAGGAGAGAGAUUGGAAACGAGGUUGGUUAGGGCAUUGGACAGCAACCAAAGGUCGUGUGUUCGAUUCCCACCACUGUCAAGCAAACUUUUCAGCUUGUCCGCGAGAUGGAUACACUUCAAAUAGAUCCUUAUAGUUUACAGAUUUUUAAAGGACAAGCUAAAUUGAAUUAACUGUAUACACGCAAAGACUGAUAUAUGUACAUAUAUACGUACACAUAGAUUAUUUAUAGCUCCCUCCCCAUCGGGCCUUUUCGGGAUAUUAGCGAGGUUCAGAUUUGACUACCAUUAAGGGACCAUUAACCAUGCAAUCAGGUGCGUUUCAUAUGUCCGAUCAACCAAUCAGAUGCGUUCUAAGCCAGUGAAAGGGUUAAUGGUAUAGCGGCAGUGGAAGUCAAAUCUGAACCUCCAUAUAUUACCUAUUUAACUAUACUUAGACUAGACUAUUUGUCUUUACAACAAUUGUGGUACUUUGUUCCUAAUCGUUAACUUUCCUAUGACAAUCUUUAGGCGAAGAAAAUCCUGGACGUAUGUUCUCCUGCCCAGCGGAAUCCUUUUGAGAACAAAAUGCGCACAUUCCAAACCACUGGUAUGUAUAAUAUAUAUACCCGAGUUUAUUCUGCAUAAUAAUCGCAAGAACAUAAGAUAUGAAAAUAUAACCAAAGUUCUUACCAGCAAUAUAAUUUAAAAACCUCAUUAUUUCAGCUAAACGAAAGAUUUCUGAAGAAACGGAAAAAAUGGCGAAAGCUGAAGUUGCUUUUCUUGAAGCUGUCGAGUAUUUUCGCUGGGAGUCGAGUGAGAAAAAGGUGAUUAAUUAACUUUUCGUCGAGCAAUCGGAAAAAUAUUAUGCUAUUUUACACUUCCUUAUUGAGCUGCAUAGGUACAUAAAGCAAUCUGAAUAUUUCUGUACUGAAUUUUAAGGAAACUCCACAAGAAUUCUUUGGUUUGUGGGCGAAAUUUGUUGACGAAAUCAAAAUCUGUGUGAAGGUAAACUCGUAUGUGGGUCUCUUGUCGUGGAAGCACAAGAAAUAGGAAUGCUGAUUAUUUCCCUUCUUGUCUUUCUUUUUACAGUUGGAAAAGCAACAACAGCAGAUUGCGAAAAAGAAUUUUAGUAAAGUCGAACAUCUUAACCAGGUAUAAGAAUUACUUUUACAAACAGUCAACUUUGGGAAAAUUAAGCUUUAUUUGUACUGGAUACUUCUAUCAGUUCUAAAUUGUUCUCCCAAAGGUCUAGUGAAUACAUCACAGUAGGAAUUUUGCAUAGAUCAAAAUUAUAAGUUUUGAAGGAUUUUUAAGAAAUGUUUAAGGGAAUUGACUUAUAGUAGUAAUAGUUUAUUAGAACUCUCUUGCAAUUACAAAAAACUGAAUUAACGAGUACUUUACAAUGGAUAGAAAUAAGUUAUAAAAUAGUACAUGAAUAUGCUUUAGAAUCUAGGCCAUUUGCAAGAGUUAAAAUCAUUAGGCAUUUACCAAAAUAGUCAAUAGUGCAUGCAUAAUUAUUUACAAAUUAUCAUAUAUAUUAAAAAUCUUAACAUAUUAAGAGUAUUUAAAUGUAAAAAAAGAUUGAGCUUUAAUUGUUCUGCAAUCAGUAACAUUAUUAAAUAGAUAAGAUCGAUCAGUGUUCUGUCUCAAAUUAAUAUCAUGGUCAGGAACAACAGGGAUUGGCAAUAAGGGGUUUUCUCGCCUCAUUCUGGCCAUGUAUUUCUGACAUAUUUGGACUCUUCUUGUGCUUAAAGUUGGUAGUUGUGCAAAAUUCAGGGCCUCUGCAUAUGAUCCACUCUCCGAGAAAAUUAUUUUUAGUUUUAAACACUGAGUUAGUACCCUCAAACAUUUCUUGCAAAUCCUUCAAAACUUAGAAUUUAACUAUGUAAAAUUCCCACUGUGUUCACAGAAACUUUGAUAGUGUAAGCCAGCCUUAACCUGCAUGCACUAACCACCUUUAUCCUCUGUGUUUUAGAUCAGAGAAGCGGCUACGAAAUUCAGGAAACGACGGCAAAGUGUGGAUAUCAUUCUAUGAUUUCCCAAUGCCCAGAUUCCAGGUCCAGAGUCCGUUUAAAUAUCAUCCAAGUUCAGUCUUUACUUCGAUUCACACGUCAUUUUUUGGUCACGUGAGUACAAACUUGUAGAAGAAAGAAAAUGCUUAUUAGUGAGUAUAGGAACUUAGUAUGCUUUGCGUCUCCGCACUGAUCCCGUUAUUUUAGUGUCGCGAAAGCCAAUUCACAUUUUCGGAAAUGAACACUUAGUAUUCCGUUGGAUUUUUCGAAAGAAAAAAUCUGCUGGAAGUUUUUUGCGCUUUGCUUCGCUUUAGCCUGAGCACAGACCUUCGUUUUCCUUCCCUAAAAUUCGCGGGUGGAAUGCUUUGUUUUUGCUCAAGCUUCCCACCCGUGAAUUUUAGGGCAGCUAAAACGAAGGUCUGUACUCACGCUAGUUUUCCUUCGGAUUAUCGGGAUCUCGUGGAUAUUUGAGGAUUUUCGAAAGAUUUUUAUGGACAUUUUGGGAUAAAAUGCGAUGUUGCGAUAGCGAUAUAGAGUAUCCGGGAAUUUGAUGGAUUGAAUAGAUAUAACUGUGUAUAUUGGCAUGUUGAACUUACAAGCAGUAAAUGCUUUCCAUAUAUUUAUUAUUAAUAUAAUAUUUAAAUAUUCUAAGGUAUACAGUCAUGCCAAUAGAAGCGUUCCGAAAAAUGUUGAUCAAUUCAUUUCCUAACUUUGAGGAAUUCCUCUGAACAAUUCCUCAACAAUUUGAUAAGUUCCUAAAAAAGUUCCUAACUUCCUAUUUCAUUGACCAAUCAGAUUGCUCAAAAGUAAAAUAUAAAAUCUGAUUGGUCAAUGAAACAGGAAGUUAGGAACUUUUUAAGGAACUUAUCAAAUUGUUGAGGAAUUGUUCAGAGGAAUUCCUCGAAGUUAGGAAAUGAAUUGAUCAACAUUUUUCGGAACGCUUCUAUUGGCAUAGACUUGCUCCAAGUCUCUCUUUCAUUGUCAUAUAGUAUCGAUCCACUAUAGUGUACAUUACAUGACGUAGCACGGAG